GCUUCUUUAGCUCCCUACCAUGAAGCAGAAAAGAAGCCGUUUACGCGCGGACCACGGGGAACCUUGUGUACGAGACAACGGCAAUACUUGAUGACCCUUUUCCCCCAGUCAUGCUCCUUAUGUGACCGUGCAGGCCCGUGUAGUAUAUAUGCCUGUUUGUUGUAAAAAAAAGUUUCUUAGAGCCCAUAAACGCGCCUUCUACGCCGACCAUGUUCAGUAUAUCCUUGUCAACGCCUUUAGGUCAAGGGAGAGUGAACCAGCUCGGAGGAGUUUUUAUAAACGGCCGGCCUCUGCCAAAUCAUAUCAGGCACAAGAUAGUGGAAAUGGCUCAUCACGGUAUCAGACCGUGUGUCAUCUCCCGGCAACUGAGGGUCUCCCACGGUUGUGUCUCUAAAAUCCUCUGCAGAUACCAGGAGACAGGAUCCAUCAGACCCGGGGCGACUGGGAGCAAACCCCGGCAAAUGGCAAUUCCAGACGUGGAAAAAAAGGUCGAAGAAUACAAGAAGGAGAAUCCUGGAAUGUUUAGCUGGGAAAUCCGGGAUAAGUUAUUGAAAGACGGCAUGUGUGAUCGAAAUACCAUUCCCUCAGUGAGUUCAAUAAGCCGCAUCCUGAGGAGCAAAUUCGGGAAGAAAGAAGACGAUGAGGAAGAUUGUGGAAGAAAAGAAUAUGAAGAUGGCGAUAAGAAAUCGAAGCACAGUAUUGACGGGAUUUUGGCUGAUAAGGCAAAUAAUUCAGAUGAAGCUUCAGACAUUGACUCGGAACCAGACCUGCCUUUGAAACGGAAACAGCGGCGGAGUCGCACGACAUUUACAGCAGAACAGUUGGAGGAAUUGGAGAGAGCAUUCGAAAGAACCCACUACCCGGACAUCUACACUCGGGAGGAACUGGCGCAGAGAGCCAAGCUCACAGAAGCACGAGUGCAGGUUUGGUUCAGCAAUCGUCGGGCCCGUUGGAGGAAGCAAGCUGGCGCCAACCAACUGCUGGCGUUCAACCACCUGAUUCCUGGAGGGUUCCCGCCCACAGCAAUGUCCUCCUUGUCUCCUUACCAGCUCUCGGAUGCCAGCUACCCGCCCACAUCCAUACCACAGGCAAUCUCAGAUCCAAGCAACACAGUUCACAGGCCACAGCCUCUGCCUCCGACAUCAGUUCACCAGAACAGCCUCCCUUCUACUCCAGACAGCAGUUCAGCUUAUUGCUUAUCCACCAGCAGGCAUGGAUUUUCAGGGUACACAGACAGCUUUAUGUCUCCAGCAGGGUCUACCAAUCCCAUGAACCCGACGGUUAGCAACGGCCUCUCGCCUCAGGUUAUGGGACUCUUGGCUAAUCCUGGCGGUGUUCCUCAUCAGCCACAAAGUGACUAUGCCCUGUCACCACUAACAGGAGGCUUGGAGCCAUCGACUUCUGUUUCAGCCAGCUGCAGUCAAAGGCUAGACCCAAUGAAACCUCUGGACAGCUUGCCCACCACCCAGUCCUAUUGCCCAUCAACCUACAGCUCCUCAGGUUAUAGCAUGGAUCCAGUAGCAGGAUACCAGUAUGGACAAUAUGGGCAGAGUAAGUGCCAUGUAAAUCUAAGCAAUACAUUCAGCUAUAAAAAUACAUACCCUCCCCACCCUUCAUCGAUCUGUAUCAAGAUGUGUGACUCAGUAUACAAACUUUGAUUAUGAAUGAAUUCAAUACGACUUUAUUGGUCUCGUAUAAAAUAAAUAAUUGCAACAACUAUUGCUCCUCUAGUUUAGUUUGGCACUUAGUGCGACAUCCCAGCCAAAUAUACAGGCAGAGCAUUCAAAACAUAAUAAAAAGAUAAAUGUACAUUUGGUCAACAUUCAUUUGACUCAGAGGAACCAUUUGACUCAGAGGAGAGGGUCUUUCAUUAACUUAAAGACUUUGAAGGAUUAAUGUUAUAUUUCAUUUGAGGAACAAAAGAAGGAGUGACGUGUUUUAUACUGUGCAGUUCUGGGAUCUGAAAAUUCAAUGUCUUGCCCUGUAUUUGGAUAGCAGACUACACAUUGGAUGUCACUACAGUCUGGCGAGGCUACAAUCGGCAACUUUUUUCCCUUCAAGUUCAAUUAGACUGCCAAAAAUCUGUUGCCAUGAAAAUAUUUAAUCUCAUGGCUGUAGUCAUCUGUCUUUAAAGCAAGUAGCCAGAUAAUACUUUAUUUCUUAUAUUAGCUGGGCAGUAGAUGUAAUUAAUUAAUCAAGAACACUGACUGUUUAGUUAUCGAUAGGCUGCCCUAUUAUAGUUUUAUUUCAGAUUUCUUUUAAACAAAUAUUUGCAUGGAGCUAUACUAACAAAAUCUCCCUUAUAAUCUUUUUAUAAGUGACAGUAUCUGUCUUUAGUUGGCAUGCAAUACAAAAGUUCAAUCCGUUACUUUUCAAAUGUGAAUUUUCGCCGCAUUGACGUUUUUCGAACUGCAUCAUAAUUUACUUCAGAAACACCAGUUUUAUUCAACGUUAUUAUAGGAAUUGAAAUCUUUCCCCAUCUCCACACUGGUCAGUAGCAUUCAGUGAUAUUCUGUGUAUGAUAUAUGAACAGUUGUUAAAUGAUUUUAAAUAGACAAAUCCAACAAAAAAGAAUGCAUGAAGGAUUUGACAUGAGCAUAUUAUUCUAUGUAUACAGUGGAAUGCCAAACUUUCUUGUAUUAUUUUUGUACUUCUGAAGGCUUAAAGAUGCUGCAAUUGAAAUAUUAAUGUUAAUUUGUAAAUCAUUCCUCUUCUGGUCGCCUUCCUCCACAAAUAUUAAGCUAAACAAAUCUGUGGUUGCAAUCAGUGUUACUUGUUAAUAAAAACAGAGAGAUAGGACAAAUGGAAUGAAACUUAAUUUUGGCAAGAUGAGCUUUUGUCAAAAGAGAUCACUGGAAAUUGAGUUAGAUCACUCAGAUAAUGGGUACAAAAUACCCCGAAAAAAACAUUGCAACGCACUUAGAAACUUCAGCCUAUUCCUAACAAAAUGAUUUUGUUGAAGGGCUGAGUUAAGGCACUCUAUGUAAUUAUCUUCAGUGCUGUCAGCAGCAUCUUGAUGUGAUUAAUUGCCAGGACCUAAUAUAUGCUUGCCAUUUAUGUAGAACCUAAGGCCAAGGUCUGUCAAGAAAUGAAGCGGCCACUGGAAUGUCACUAUUAAAAACACAUGUUCUGAGGAAGGCCAAAUCAGGCAUCAUCUUGGACAAUAUUCCUGGAUCCGUGUGGUGCUGUCAAACUUGUCCUAAUAUAAAUAAAGUAACCCUCGUAGUUUUGGCAGGACAUGAUUAGCCUCGACAACAGUGUACCUGCCUUUGACGUGGCCCCUCACAACGAUGUUGUCACAAGAAGCAUUCCUAAGUUUAUUUUACUUCCAUUUACAGGUGCCUUUCAUUAUCUGAAGCCAGAUAUAGCAUGAGGGAAAAAAGUCCGUAAAAGUUGAAACAACCCUUGUUCUGGAUCCACGUACAUAAUGGGACCAUGGUCCCCACAACAGUUGAAUCUGUUCCCCAGAAACAAAUCAACUCUUGUCUUUCUCCGAUAAUGGUUUUCAUUUGUGAUCAUAGGAUGAGCCCCGUGUUCUGAGUUUCGGUUUAAAUAGUACUUCUGUUGCCUGAGAUUCGGCUCCGCUGUUUAAAGAUGACGAUGGAGAAAAUUCCUAUUCAACCCCAAUAUUCACCCGCAAUUUAAGAAAUACAGCUAGCAUUCAGUAAAUGCCACAAACUAUGAUAUUCCUCAGGCAUUAAUUACCUACGUAUAACUUGAUAAAGAGUACAGUGAAAAAAAAACUGAUACAGAAGGCUUCCUAUUACUGACAAUUUAAGUAAGUCUUCAAAUGGUCUGAUCUAACAAACGGAAACAAUUACACUUUAAAAUGUCCUAUCCAUUAAAACACGACUUACAGACAGAGUAUGUUGUGAGUGUUUUAUAGUACUUUACAGAUCUCAGCUAAUGGUAGCACAGCCGUGCGUGACAGCUAUUUGUUGCAUUGCUCCUUAUUUACAAGUUACCAAAGCAUCAAAUGAUAUCCAUUUAGACACCAUUGAAUCAGUGAUUCCUAUUAAAUUUUGACAUCCUGUGUGUCGUGUGCCCAAAAUGAACAUUGAGGAGAGGCUUCAAUGAUCACCAAAGGGUUUUUUUUCCGCAUUACAGCUGUGGUACUUGAAGGAGAUAUCAAUGAUUUAAACUACAUUUUCAAUCUUUAAAAUGUAAAUGCUGAUCACGAGAAACACUUGUUUCUAUUCCGAUAAUGGAUGCAUUAAAAUGACUCAUGCAAAGGACCAAGUGAGAGGGAAGAAGGAUGUCUCUUAUUCAAAAACAAAUGGAGCUGUUUAAAGUUCUACAAUUAGCUACAAUAUCUAACGUGCAUUCAAUGCAAAAAAUAAAUACAAGCAACAAACUAACUCCAGCUUUAGUGAUGAAACUGCAAUGUGCAAUAUUAUGUACUUCUAUAUCUGCCACAGUAUUUCUUGAAAGUAAUGUACUGUAUUCUAUAUUUUCUUGAUAUUCUUGUAAUUUAAUUGGUUGGUUAUAUAAGAUGUUUGCUGAAAGGUGUUUUGGUCAUUGUUAACAAUAUUCAAGAAUGAAACAAUAUACAUUUCAUCGAUAUUGUACAUAAAAUUCUCCACAUAAAAAUCUGAUGCGUAGAAAAAAGUGUGUACGUUGAUAUCACAGACUGAAAAACCAUAUCUUAUUUUAGUAAGACUAGAGGUAAGGUAUGUAAAGGUAGCAGGAAUUUCAAAAGUCGUGUAUAAACGCACUAUUACUGCUACCCUGCUAAGUGUCUCAAACUUAGUGGCAUUUUGGAUAUUGUCAAACGUUCACAGGUUUCAGAGUCACACAUUAAGUUUGAUAGCUGGAUGUUUAUAUACGUGUAGGCGUUUGUGGAAACAUCUCCCCAUGACUUUGUCCAUGAACUUAAUUAUGAUCACGAUAUCAUCCUGUUUGUUACGUUGCUGCAUUGCAACAUAGACUUUUUCUAGAGAGGUUAUUAUUUAUUCCUAUAUAUUCAACUAUUUUAGAAAUUAGCAUGUAUCUCAUGAUGUGUACAUUUUUGCUUAGAAUGUAGAAACAAAUUAGAUAAUUACUGCCAUUAUGUACGAUGAUUAGAUGAUAUGACCUCUUCUGUCACAUUCUGGUUUUAAAGGGCGCUGAAGCUGAAUGGAACUGAAUGGUGUCUGCCAUCCAUCCUUCUGUUUGUCAUUUGACUGCAAAAUACAGCCUUGAUGUAAAGAUUCUCUUUCCUGUACAAACACAGUGAAUAUUUACUAUUUAUAAAAAAAAUAAACAGCUAAGGAAAUCAA